GUCUCAUUACUUUUCUGCCACAACUCGUAUAUUUGAUAACUGUACCAUGAAUUUGUGGUAAGAAGUGACAUCUUUGGAUUUGGCAAACACUUUGAGAAGCACUACUCUACUGGAUGGAACCUAAACUGAGUCUUAUAUAGUUACUAGUGGAACAGGUUCAGGAAUGUUAAUUCAUUUUGUUUUUAUGUGUCACUUCUCAGGAUGAUCAUGAAGGCCACUGUUGUUUGUAACAUCCUGCUCUUCCUGCAUACUUCAAGUUUCAGCAUGUGCCCAUCUCCUUGUAUAUGCACUCAGUAUAGACAUGGUGGUCUGCAUGUGGACUGCAGCUCUCGCUUUUUGAAGAAUGUGUACAUGUCAUUGCCAGAAAACACAGUGAGCCUGUCAUUUCACAACAACAUGCUGACCAACAUCCGCCCUGGACAACUGGACAAACUUCACCACAUUCAGACCCUGAACCUGUCUCAGAAUCCCUGGAGUUGUGAUUGCAACAUUGCGUACCUCAAACAUUGGAUAGAGGACAAUCCUAAUGUGGUAGUGACUGGUGCCACCUGCCAGAGCCCACUUCACUGUCAGAGAAUGCCCAUCAUUCACCUUACUGGCAAUGAAUUUGCCAGUUGUGGAGGUAGGCAGCAUGUUGACUGUCAAAGAUUCUUCACUAAUAUUGUCAUCUUGUUGAGUCUGAUGCUGCUGGUCAUCAUCCUGGUGGCAUGGGCAGCUUCUGUUUUUAAAGACUUGGCCUGGCAGGUGGCUACAAACCCUUACAUAUCUGAAGCUGAUCUUCCCAUGGGUUCUCGUGUCAGGCUGGCAUCUUCUUAAAAUAAACCAUAAGCAUUUAUUCACUUGAA